AUGAACCAGUAUUGUGGUCUAGAGUCAGGUGCCUAAUGACAACCAGGAGAGCCAAGGUUAGCAUUCUAGAAGAUUCGAGAAUAUUGCAGUGUUUUACGUUGAUGUAUCACCGUGUAUUUAUUGUCCGACAGGACCACGACCUCACUCUGACCCUCACGGCCGCCGUUACUCUCCGUACCACAAACACCCAGUGGCUGCUAGACCUGACACCAUGGCCCCACGUACAUCCUCACCAAGCAAUCUGGGCAUCGCGAACUCUCGACCUCAGGGUCCUGGCUCCCUGCUGGUCUCUCCCAUCAGCUCCCCCCUCAACUCAAGCCUCAGACCAGACAUCAGCCAUCCCUCCGGACUCUGCCACCGUCCUCUUCCCGGACCCCACCACAUCCCUCCUCCCCCACCCUUCAUGCCUCCUGUGUACCGACCAGUCAACGGACACUCAGGCAUGAUGCCUCCUGGACCCCCACCACCUAACGGACACCCGCCUGGUCCAAUGAUACCACCCGGACAUCGGCCUCCACCUCCUGGUGCUUACGGUCCCUCUUCCCCACACAACCGGUACCUUCCUCCACCUUCUCACUAUGGACCGGUGCCUCCUCCAUUCGGACCCCCACAUACCUACGUGCACUAUGGACCACUUGAUCACUUCAUCCCACUCCGACACCUGCCCCCUGGGGUGGCCCCAUUCCCUCCUCAUGUCGGCCCCAAAGACUUCCCUGUGCAGCCACAGGUCCCACAUGGCCAUGACUCUUCAGUGGGCCCCCAGCCCGGCGCUGGCCCCCAGGGCCAGGGGCAAGACUACAGCUCCCAGCAGGCAACAGCUGCCCCCCAGGACUCAGUCAGCUCUGCCAUGGCAGAGCCUUAGACACCUACCAACCGUUAACGACCUGGCUACAUUUAAUCAACCACGAUCCACCUCUUUAUUUUUUCCUUUUUGUUUUUAAUUGGCUGAAAAUAAAUAUCAUAUGAUAUACUUGGAAACAACAGAAGUAUCUAAAAAGUUAGUGUUCCUAUUAAAGCAUCAGAAAAUCAAUGUCGUAUGUUUCGUGUCUGAAAUGUAAUAAUGACUUGAAGAGGAGUAGAACUGAGGCUUGUUACUCUGCAAGUCCUAUUGUGCAAUAACAUUUCUUUUGAAUGACUGAGGAUUUUACGUUUUUGAAAGGGUAUUAUGUUGAUUUUGUAUUAAUUUCACAAUGUUAUCAUGGUUUCCUGUGGAAAUUAUUCAAAAUAAAUGGACCCCAAGCUUUUGGGUUGCUUGAUCGAUCAUUUCAGAAGUACCAUAUUAUCUUAACUCUUCCCCAAACUCUCUUCAGAAUGAACUGAAAAGGAAAGUUGUGUAAGUUGAAAGUCAAAGAUGUAUUUGCUGUUCUUAGGAUAUUUUAUUAAUAAAACUGGUAAAAGGUA